UCAGAUAAGGCAGAGACGAAUUGCCAAAGAGCGCAGACAACUUUAUAUCACUCUGAGGAAAGAGGACACGAGUUGUGUUGUGUUUUGACAUAAAGUCUGUUUGAUUUUUCUGAAUGAACGUGUUAUUGUGGAGAACGAGAAGUGGAGCUAUGGAUUUAGUGAUAUUUUUGACCCUCAGCAUCGGCGCGUGGUUCGCAUCAGCGGAGAGGCACAGUGUCUACUGGAACAGCUCAAACCCAAACUUCCUUUGGGAUGAGUACACGGUGGAAGUACGCAUCAAUGACUACCUGGACAUCAUCUGCCCCCACUACGCCCAUGGAGAGGUGUCAUCCCACUCCGCCGAGCGCUACGUCCUCUACAUGGUGGAGAAGGAGGACUAUGACGUGUGCAAGCCUCACUCCUUCGACCAGCUGCGGUGGGAAUGCUCGCGCCCAUUCGCUCCUCACGCCCCGGAAAAAUUCUCCGAAAAGUUCCAGCGUUUCACCCCUUUCACGUUGGGCAAGGAGUUCCGGCAAGGAGAGAGCUACUAUUAUAUCUCUAAACCAAUGCAUCACCACGGGGAGGAGUGUCUGAGGCUACGGGUGGAUGUUGUUGGAAAUAAAGGGAAAGUGAAUCACGACAAAACUAACGCGGAGGAGACGGGAAAGAACUUUGAUUUGGGAAAAAUUAAGUUCCAAACAGCAGGAGGAGUCCACAACCCGUCCAACAGGCUCCCAGCAGACGAUCCUGAUGUGAUGGAGCCCAAUGUUCAGAGGAGUAUCGGCAGCUCAGCGUCCCAGCUCGCAUCUUUAUCAAUCCUCUUCACUAUAGCGCCUGUCUUAUUAGCGCUAUGGCUACAAUAAGACUUAAAUGGACUAUAUCAAAGACUAUACAAACCCAUUGCUGGUCUUUGGGACUAUGAAGACAGAUUUUUAUACAGAUUUUUAUAUGGAUGAAGUGCGUGUCUGACGUGGUUGUGCGAAUGUGGGAUGUCGAUCAUUCCUAAGAAGAAAAAAACCUUGAAGAUGUGUUUUGUUUUUUUGUUUUUUUACAAUGUUUGGACAAUAACGCACAUGUUUUUUUCAAUGAGCAAAACUGCACGAACAAAAUUAUGUCACUGGUACAUAUGCACUGUAUUUGUCACUCUUUGUAUUCACAUUUAAAGUGGUAGCUGUUGUCAUAGUAGUCGUGUAGCACUCCGUUCCCAAAUAUAUUUCCAAUUUUACAAAACAAACAACAGUAUUUAUUUUAUAUCUUUUUCAUCCAAUUGAUACCACGUGUAACAAGCUCAUUUGGGAGUUUUCCAAAUCCAUCCGUGUACGCCUCAUUUCUAUUGUGUCAAUAUUAUCAUCACGGUACAUCAGCUGAGAAAUGUGAUCUGUCUUGCACACUAUUUUGAAGGGACUACUUUUCUGAAAACACUAACAUUGGACGCUGUGGUUUUGUUUGAUCAAAGUUUUGGAAAUGUCUAUAAUGUAAAUUUGUAAAUAGUAUAAUAUAAGAAAGUGUUUUAAAAUGUGAAAAUCUUUAGUGGAAUAAAACUAAUGUGAUGUUAAA